UUAAAUUUCUAAUUUUUAUAGCGGAGGUGAUCGAGAGCUUUAGGACAAGAUAUCUCUUUACAACCCGAAUAAUUCGUCAUAGCCGACUAAUUUCUCCUCGCUUGAGGCUUCGCGAGCAGAGGUUGGUUCGUUCGACGUUGGAAACUUCGACGGUUCGCUCUCCGACACCUUUGUCUUCUCUAAAUCGUCCCCAUUGAACCUGGGGUUUCCAAAAAAAGAAGAAAAAGAAAGGAAGUGGGGAGCUGAGACGGCAAAAUCGAUCGGGCGAGAGAGAGAAAGAGAGAGUCUUGGGUGGUCAAAGCUUGCGCGGUUCGUGGCUGAGGACGCUGAUCGGUGGGCUUUGUGCUUGAAUCGAUCCUCGCGUGAAAUUUUCGGUGCGGAGCUUCUGGGAGGGAGGGAGGGAGAGGGUGUGCUUUUUCCUGCUAGUCUUUUUGAGUCGAUGCUGAAUUGCUGAAGUUGGUGGCGCCGAGCAUUUGUAAUCGGGAUUGAUGGGUGUCGAAUUUUGAUGGUUCGUGCUGUUGAGCUCCUCGUGCUUGUGUUGUUGCCAUGGCUGUGCUGAGUCGUGCGCCGGUGAUAACGCCAAGCGUGGAUCGAAUUCGGAUUCAUGAAAUUGGAGUUUCGGCGAUUAUGGCGAGCAGAGGGGAGAUUGUGCCUGAACCAGUGACGCCGGCGGUCGAGGAUAAGAUUCAUGUCGCGGUCGGGAAUAAUGUGAAAGAGAGCAAAUUGACGCUUAUUUGGGCUGUGCAGAACUCUGGUGGCAAGAAGAUUUGUGUUCUUUAUGUUUUGGUUCCUUCGCAGAAGAUCCGGAUGGAGGGACUUGGUGCUGAAAUUCCUGUGAGCUCAGCAACAGAGCAGAUGGUGAGAGCGCACAGGGAAACUGAGAGGCGAAACAUGCAUAUACUUUUGGAUGAGUACCUUCGCAUUUGUAGCCAAAUGGGGGUACGAGCAGAGAAACUAUUUACAGAAGCAGGCUCUAUUGAGAAGGGGAUUUUGGAACUUAUCCAGGUGCAUGGUAUCAGAAAACUUGUUAUGGGAGCAGCAGCAGACAGGCGCUAUUCCAAGAAAAUGAUGGAGCUCAAGUCCAAAAAGGCCAUUUCUGUCCGAGAAGAGGCACCUCUUUGCUGUCACAUUUGGUUUAUAUGCAGUGGUCACCUCAUUCAUACAAGGGAGGCUAGUACAGAUCAAGCUGAUACAGAAGUUCCCUCUUCACUGGUUCCAAUUAACGCUACUCCUGAUUCUGGAGUGUCAACUCUCUCGAGUUCAUCGUCUGGGACGCCGCGUAGGAACGAUACACAGAAACUGACAAAUCCAGUGCAAGAUAUGUUUAGCAGAGUAUUAUUCUCUUCAAAUAGCGAGAGGCGUGGAGGGAGGUCAGUUGUUUCUUUUUCCCCAGAGAGUCCUCCAGGACCAUCAACUGCCCAAAGCACGUUGGAACGCGAGGAGAGUUACCAUGAAACUGAAAGGUCAUCAAGGAGGAGUCGCUCUCAGAGUUCAGUUGCUUCAUCAUGCUCAUCCAUUGGUGCAACUGAGAUGAUAUCCUCUCCAGAUGUCAUGCCAGAAAUGAGCGACAGGAGGGGAGAGAUAAGUCAGUCAAACUGUAAUGACGAGGAUUCAGCUCCUUCCAGUACGCUGGAUGUAAAUAUGAAUGACGAUCUGUACGAUCAACUUGAGCAAGCCCUAACGGAGGUUGAGAAUGCAAAGAUAGACACGCUUCAAGAGGCAGUGAGGCGUGCAAAAGCUGAGAAGGAUGCCAUUGAAGGCAUGAGAAAGGUAAAAGCUUUGGAAAGCUUGUAUGCGGGGGAGCAUAAGCUAAGGAAAGAAAUUGAGGAAGCUCUCGCAAAAGAAGAAGAAGAACUUGGCAAGAUGAAGAAUCAGCGAGAUGAAGUCUUAGAAGAACUUCGUAUUGCCUUGGAUCAGAAGUCAUCAUUAGAGAGCCAAAUUGCAGAAACAGAUCAAAUUGUAAACGAGCUAGAGCAGAAGAUCAUUUCUGCUGUUGAACUUCUGCAGAGUUAUCACCAAGAACGAAAUGAGUUGCAGAUUGAGCGUGACAACGCACUCAGAAAAGCUGAGGAGUUGAGGAGCAGACAAGGUGAUACCUUGAGUGCGACCUUUCCUCAGUAUUUCUCUGAGUUUUCUUUUUCAGAAAUUGAGGAAGCAACUCGAAACUUUCAUCCAUCAUUAAAAAUUGGAGAAGGCGGCUAUGGGAGCAUAUAUAAAGGUUCCCUUCGUCACACACCGGUGGCUAUCAAAAUGCUGCAUUCUCAUAGCUUGCAAGGUCCUCAAGAAUUUCAACAAGAGGUGGACGUCUUGAGCAAGGUGAGGCACCCAAAUCUGGUCACACUUAUUGGAGCUUGUCCAGAGGCUUGGACUCUGGUCUACGAAUAUCUACCGAAUGGAAGCCUUGAAGAUCGACUCAGCUGCCGUGACAACACGCCGCCAUUAUCAUGGCAAACUAGGACACGAAUUGCCACUGAGCUCUGCUCAGCCCUCAUCUUUCUUCAUUCUAGCAAACCUCACAACAUUGUGCAUGGAGAUUUAAAGCCGGCUAAUAUCCUUCUAGAUGCCCACCUUGAGAGCAAACUCAGUGAUUUUGGCAUCUGCCGCCUGUUAUCGCUCAAUGAACGUUCCAGUAACAACACCGCUUUGUGUAGAACUGAUCCAAAGGGAACUUUUGUAUAUAUGGAUCCGGAGUUCCUCUCUACAGGAGAGCUCACUACCAAGUCCGAUGUUUAUUCUUUUGGGAUAAUACUGCUGCGGUUGUUGACAGGGCGACCUGCCCUGGGAAUUUCAAAGGAAGUGCAGUAUGCACUUAGUGCGGGAAAAUUGAAAUCCCUCUUGGAUCCUUUGGCUGGAGAUUGGCCCUAUGUGCUAGCUGAGCAGUUGGCCCAUUUAGCUCUGAGGUGCUGUGAGAUGAACAGAAAGGACAGGCCAGACCUUGGGUCGGAUGUGUGGAGAGUACUUGAACCGAUGAGAGCUUCCUGUGGAGACUUCUCGUCCUUUAGAAUGAAUUCUGAAGAACGGUGGCAACCUCCUCCUUAUUUCAUUUGUCCAAUUCUGCAGGAAGUCAUGCAAGAUCCGCAAGUUGCGGCAGAUGGAUUCACUUACGAAGCAGAGGCUUUGCGAGGAUGGCUUGAGAGUGGCCACGAUGCUUCGCCGAUGACAAACCUCCAGCUUGCGCACAAAAAUCUUGUCCCUAACCGCGCGCUCCGCUCUGCAAUCCAGGAGUGGUUGCAGAACCAUUAAGGACCGAUAUUUGCCGGGUGUAUUCUUCUCUCAGUAUUUUUCGACGGAUGCUUAUCAACUUCAUCCUUUCCCAUCCCCCUUUUCUCUUUUUGCCGUUUUAGUUUGGCCUAUAUUAGGAGGAUGUCUUACGCACACCUUUACUAUGUCCCUGUAAUGAAUGCAGGACAGGCAUGCGUCUGUGUGAUCAUUUUUACUGUACAGAAGACAGCACAUGUACAUUAGCCCUAUGUGAUACAAAACAGUUUCCAUUUUCCUUUCAGCA